CGAUUGGGCAACACGUCGGUUGGUAAUGAUGAUUUUGUACUGGAGGCCCGGUAUUCAGGCCCAAGUCCGGAUUUGGGCGCCUAUAAAUACCCCAUGGUCGGGCAUCACUUCUCUUGUGCGAUCAUUUGUUAGCGAAGCUCUGCCGGAUUUUUUCUAGAGAGAGAAAAACCUGCCCUCGAUCUAAUUCCCGUUCCGAGGUCAGUUCUCACCUGCUCUUCUCCUCUCUUAGUUAGUUGUGCUUAGCGGUCUUAGGAGUUGUACUUAGGAAUCGCAGCUUAGGGCACUUAGUAUUCCUGAACCCCUGAGCUAGCACAGACGAUGUCUUCUCAAAGCGACUCUCAAGAUAUCUCGGGGGCGCCCUCGAUGGAGGAGGAAAUCGUCUCGGACGUGGAGUCCACAAGUGAACAGCCCUCAGUGGGACGAGAUGCCGUCAUAGCAAUGGAGCUGCAGAGAGCCCUCGUCGCCGAGGCGGAAGCCGAGGGCUUCGAACAAGAAUGCGAGGAUGAAGAGCUGGCCGUCGCCUGGCAGGUAGCUGAGGAAGAGGCGCAGAGAGAGGGCGCGGGGGUCACCGUCGCUGUUCCCCCCCCCCUCGCGGCACUGGUGAGGCCAGCACCUCUCGGCCGUUGAACGCGGUUCCCCUCCGAGUGGCCCCCGGGAAAAAGAAGACGGGGUGCUGCUUCCAAGAAGAAAGGCAGCGUCGCAGACCAAGGGAAGCCCCUCGAUAUGCCCGAGGGGUAUUCCUACCUGAAUACCGCCGGCCUAGAGAUAAGGUCGAAGGCUGAUGAGGCGGAUCUCUACGUCACCCAGUUACAUGUGGGGCCCUCGGCCGUAGUGGUGGCGUCGGGUCCUGAUGAUGUCCUCUCCCGGGCUCCCGAGGGCUGCAUUGCCGUGCACAUCCUGUCCGUAUCGAUGGGGCUCCGGUUCCCCCUACACCCAUUCCUUCGGGAAUACCUUCGGUUUGUGUGUUUGGUCCCCUGCCAAUUGACGCCGAACAACCACUCAUACAUCGCGGGCUUCCUCCAUCUCUGAAAAUCCCGGGGGGUAACGCCUAGCCUGGACCUGUUCUUUCAAAGUUUCAAUUUGUGCCGGGGGCUCUAGAAGCCGAGGGUUACUGAUUUUCGCCGUUUUCUCCCAGUGACUUUGCUCUCCUGAUUUGGCCAUCCUGUGAGAAUUGGAGCCUUCGGCCAGGGGGCCGAAGGCACCCCUGGUGCGCACUGUGGGCCGCUUGGUACUCUGGGCGCUGUGAUUUGGGCCUGUUGUGCUUCCUGGGCCUGUUGGGCCUUUAUUGGUGUAGUAGGAGUCUGUGGACCGGGGGAUCCCGUGCCAUAUACUCCAUCACUACGUGUGAAGGAUUCUUUGAUUCUAACAUUUCUAUGAGAAGCCCUGACUAUUCACAUCUUUUUUGCUGAUUUUUGUUUUUACUACUUUAGCAAGUUACUGGUAGCUUGGGAAAACAGCCUAUGAAUUUUGGAUUGUUUUGUACUUAUGCAUAUUUGGGACCAAUAUUGAGAUAUUGCUAAUGGUUGGGAUUAUUCAUAUGUAUUUUUCCUUUACUACAGAUUGGCGAGGUGGAUGAGGAUCAACACUUGACAAUGAAGUUUUCUAUGCUAACCUCCCGCCUGCGAGAAGCCCAAAUUCAACAUGUGAGGUGGGUACAAAAGACACUUACCCGAUGACAUCUUCUUCAUUCGUCCAGGUUUGCUAUAUGAAAUUGUUUUCGGAUUUUGGAUAUAUUUUGAUACCAGGAAUCAUGUUUAAUUGAGAACUCAACCUGU